UAUGGGAAUUGCGGUCAGUGAUGAUGGCGCACUUACAAUUUCUACUAUCUAAAAAGAAUAAAAGAUUAUUGCUACACGAAGGAUAUUUGUUUACUUUAGACAGACGUUUAAAUACAAAAUGUUAUUGGCAGUGUUUAAAAAAGUGGGCAUACUGUUGUGGAUCGCGAAUAAUAACUCAAGAAAACAACAGCGGGGUUGAUGAAAUAAUAAAAUACAAUAAAGAGCAUUGUCACAGUCCUGAACCAGAAGUAAUAGAUGACUUAAAAUUGAGAGCUAGAUUGAAAAGACGAGCGAAGAAUAGUAUGGACGGACCGGCACAGGUAAUACAGGCGGCGAUUCAAGAUAUUCCUAGUGGAAGUGCCCCCUACUUACCUAGUAUAAAUGCGAUGAGAAUGGUGGUAAAUAGAGCAAGAAUGAUUGGUGUUCCUACAUCUCCAAAAAAGCUCCAUAAUCUAGUCAUUCCAAAUAAAUACAGUAAUUUUCUACUGGCUCACUACAGUACUGAAGAAGAUUGUAUUUUAUUGUUUGGUACGUCAGAAAAUAUAAGACUUCUCCAGCUGUCACCAUUUUGGAUCUUAGAUGGUACAUUUCGUACCUGUCCAACAGUUUUUUAUCAAAUUUAUACGGUGCACGGAUUAAUUGGAUUGCACGAUACCGUGCAAAAGGUGGUACCAUUGGUGUUUGGGCUCCUGUCCAACAAAAAUAAGAGAAUUUAUUGUUUAUUUUUUGAGCUUCUCAAAUCGCGAGCAUCUCAAUUUGGAACCAAUUUGCAACCUGACGUAGUAAUUACAGACUUCGAGAAGGCGUCAAUAAAUGCGGUGAAACAAGUGUUUCCUGAAACUAAACACAAGUGUUGUUAUUUCCAUCUGGCUCAAAAUAUUUGGAAGCAUAUCCAGUCUACUGGUCUCUCCAAACAAUACUCAGAAUCGACAUCUUUCGCUCACAAAAUGCGUCAUUUGGCCGCGUUAGCCUUUUUAAAACCAGAUGAGAUACCUGAGGCUUUUGAAAUACUAAAAGAAAAAGUAUUACCCAAAGAUGCAAGGAAAGUCAUUGAUUGGUUUUCCAAAUACUACGUCAAUGGUACUUAUAAGAAAAGGACUACUCAAAACCGCGGAUCAUUAAAGACAAACUUGCAUAAAGUGCCUCCAUUGUUUCCGCCUGACAUCUGGUCGGUGAAUAGCUCGAUAGGAACCACUGUUCCAAUUACACAAAAUGAGGUGGAAUCAUGGCACCACCGCUGGAACACCCUAUUGGGCAGAAAGAAAUGGAAUUUAUGUAAGACCAUUGAAGAAUUAAACAAGGAACAAAAACAUACCGAAUUAAUAGUUGAAAAAUUAAAUUCGCAGUCUCAAGAAACCAAAAGAUCAAAGAAAAAAGAAAAUAGGGAAGAAAAAAUAAAAAAACAUUUGGAAAAAAAGGAAACUAUGGACUUAACCACAUUUUUAGAUGGUCUUGCAUACUUGUGCUAUUUUAAACGUUAACUGUCAUUUUUAUUUUUUUUUUAAUGUUUAAUUUGUUUGGUUAUAUUGUCAUGAUUAAUUAUUUGGU